CCGCCCUCUUCCGGUAUACAGGUGAGCAUAUGGGCGGUAACUCACAGGGGUUCAGCAAAGACGGAGGAGAAUUUUCGUUUUGGGGACAAAAUAAAACACUCAGGAGAACAUGUGUGGCUUUGACGAGCAGAAAGGGCCCGGGAGGCUGAUGACUAAAGGAUUAACACUCAUCGUUCUCGGUCAUAUUAAUUUCAUCCUGGGCGCUAUCGUUCACGGCAGUGUUUUACGGCACAUCUCUAAACCCAGUGGAACAAUAUCUACAGAGUACACUGUGUCCAAUAUCAUAGCUGUCACCUCAGGACUGCUGAGUAUUGCAAGUGGAAUUGUUGCAAUAUUGGUGUCAAGAAAUAUCAAGAAUUUCAAACUACACGUGGGCCUGUUGGUGAGCUCCUUCUUAAAUGCCCUGCUCUCUGCAGCCUGCUGUGUGGGUCUACUGCUGGCCAUCAGCCUCACCAUUUCAGCUGACGGCAGUGUCCUCAUGCAGGGCUGCAACAAAACGGACAUUCCCAUUAAUGCUCGCUCGCCCGUCUCUGUCAACUGCCCCUUCGACACAACACGCAUUUAUGACACAACUCUAGCUUUGUGGUUCCCGUGUACUCUACUUUCAGCCAUGGAGUCUGGUCUGUCUGUGUGGUGCUUUAUAGUGGGUCUUACUCUUAGAGGCAUCGGACCUUGUGCUCACUUUUACCUCAAAGAACAACUGGAGGAAGACGCGUUGGCACACACAUCAAAAAUGGAUCCAGAAUUUUCAGCCCCGAGCCAAUCUCUGAUCGCACGCCAUUCUUGCCAGCAAUAGGCAGGAACAUCAAUCAAAAAUCUGAGAUUUGAUGAAACUCUGACUGAAUGAAUAAAGCAGACUGAAAUGUAUGUAUUAGUAUGUAUUUAGUUUUUAGUCCAUUUUGGAAAAUGCAAAUGUUUGUGCUACUAUGGCUUCAUAACAGUUUUUGAUUUAUAUUAUUCAAAAAAGUAAUGAGUUUACAUUCAUUUAAAGCUUACAUUUAGGUUUUUGAGCAUAUUUAACUCUAACUGGAUUUUAUAUCCAUUUCGAACAAUUUGUUUAGCUAUCAUCGUUUUAAAUACUAAAUAUUUAACAAUUUGAAUUGUUAACCUUUUGUUGAUUAACCUGUUUAAAAUUAUUCACAUAUACACUAUAUGACCUCCAUCUGAUUAGUGUUUGAGGUAAAUGCAAUCUUUUAUAUUUUAUUUACCAAAGAUUUUGUGCACUCCAUUGUUGGUGGCUGUAUUAAAUACUGGAUAAAUCAGGAGAAAUACGUUUGUUCUGACAGAGAGAAUGAAAAGUUUUGAAUUGAGAGGAAUGGUGCUUAUUCUGGUGGAAUUUGUAUCUAGUUUAUAGGAUGACGGAAAGCUUAGUCUCAGAGUGCUGAGAGGUGAAGAAGUCAUUGUUUUUAGAAGCGUGUGACACUUUUAAAGCAAGUAAGGUGUUCAAUGUUUGGGAUAUACCACAGUGUUCCUGUUGAAGCAUAUGAAUGAAUUUGUAUUAAUUGUUAUGUUUUAAUCAAAUCCCUAAUUUUUAUUGUACCUAUUCAAAAUGUAUACAAUUUGUUGUUAUUAAUAAUAAUAAAAAUAAAAAUGUUGAA